AUGGAUAUCAGUGACUCAAGAUUUUGGUACAAUGGUACCAAUGACACCAACAUCAACCAGAACCCACCUCCAGACACCUACAUGCUGGUGUUCCAAGACAUCGACCAAUACCUAAACCACAUCAAUAUCUCCAAUCAGUCCGAUCUGAGCCCGCUUGAUCGACAAGGACUCGGUUGCAACCUCACCGCGAACUACUCAAACGUUACGUGUGAUCGUGGCAUAACGGAAGUGUACCGAAACUACUGGGCGUUCAUUUUGGUGCUGUUCCCGAUAUUCACGUUGUUCGGCAACGUUCUAGUGAUUCUGAGUGUGUAUAGGGAGAGGACCUUGCAGACUGCUACAAAUUAUUUCAUCGUCAGCUUGGCCUUGGCAGACCUGCUUGUUGCUGUGGUUGUAAUGCCCUUCGCCGUUUACGUUCUGGUAAGUCCGACGUUUAUUCAACAUGCGUGGGUGUUUGAUAAACAUGCUAAUAUUUAA